CGCCAUGUUAUCGGGUAAACGGUUCAAAGCGUCGUCGCUUCCUCGGGAAGGAGAAGAUCAACCUGACGGUGUUCGACAAACGCCACCACCGCUGAAUCGAACCCCGAUCGUUUAUACUUUAUUAGCUUUGACGUCAUCGGCCGGCGGAGCUGCUGGCCGAAACCGUGUUGUUUUUUUUCCCGUGUUCCAUUGGUUUGAAGGCCGCAUCGGCUGCCAUGGAUUUUUAAGGCAUAAUGCGGCACCUCUAAUGCAAAGGCAAUGCAUAGUGCAAGGCAAAACCCACUGCGAAAUUCCAUCUUCGCAACAGCUAAACAGCUGGGCUCAAAUACCGUCCGCGGUAUACCUGCGAGCCAACCGGUACCGCUGCUGCUGGACCGGAGGAAGCUAACGCUAGCUAGCUAGUCGCCUUCGGCGAAACCGCGUCACCGCAAAGAGAUUCAUCGAUUCAUCUCAACGUCGUCUACAGUGUUUUGUUUUUUUUAAAUUAUUAAAAAGAAGACAUGAAGCCUCAAGACGUCAUCGCCGGGAAGACCAGCCUGUGGAUCUUCGGGUACGGCUCUCUGGUGUGGAAGCCCGACUUCAAGUACAAGAGGAGCCAGGUCGGUUACAUUCAAGGCUACAAGAGACGUUUCUGGCACGGAGACAACUUCCACCGCGGCAACGACGAGUUGCCCGGACGAGUGGUGACGCUGAUUGAAGAUGAUGACGCGAGCACUUGGGGUGUGGCCUUCGAGGUGACUGGCAGUGAGGUCGAAGAGUCCCUGAAGUACCUGAACGUCCGCGAGACCGUCUGCGGAGGCUACGUCACCAAGAUGGUGGAUUUCUUCCCCGAGGGGGAGGAGCAGCAGCCCCCGGUGCAGGCCCUGGUGUACAUCGCCACCACGGAGAACGCCCUCUACCUGGGGCCGGCCAGCUCGGAGGCCAUCGGCGUCCAGAUCGCGGUGUGCAGAGGGAAGACGGGCCACAACCUGGAGUAUCUGCUGCGGCUGGCAGAGUUCAUGAGGAGCAGCUGCCCGCACGUGGAAGACCACCACCUGUUCUCCAUCGAGGCGGCGGCGCUGAGCGUGGCGUCCUAUCUGAUUGCAGCCCAGUAGCUCGUACCCGUUCUCACUGGCUUGUUUAGUGGAUGAACAAAACACACUUCUGUUUAAUGUUGUGGAAUCUAACGUAUCACUUCCAUCCAGUGUACUUUAAUGCUACUAUAGUGAUAAUAAAAGGGAAGCCUGAUAUUGGGUGUAUUUUUAUUUUGCCCAAUGUUUACGUUAUAUUGUUACUCAUGGUGCAUGUUUGUACAUCAACUGGGUUUGUCGUUUACUGUACAGUUUUUUGUUUUUUCCGUCCAAUCCAUGGAAUACGGCCAGUAAUGGAGGUCAAAAAUGGUUUGCUAUUCAACAAAAGGUUGCGGUGAUGUAUUUUCAUAAAGUUCAAAAUGCCAAUAAACCGUUAAAAAGAA